UCCGCUUCCAUCCAAUGACGUAACUUCCUUUCUGUCGGUGCCAACCUCGAAGUGAACACGCGUUCGCCUGUCUUAGCUCAAAAUGCGUUACGUUGCUGCUUACCUCCUCGCUGCCCUGGGUGGCAAUGCAAACCCUGAGGCCAAGGACAUCAAGAAGAUCCUGGAGAGCGUUGGGAUUGAGUCCGAUGCUGGGCGCUUGGAAAAGGUCAUCUCUGAGCUCAAAGGCAAGAAUGUAGAAGAAGUGAUUGCCAGCGGUUAUGGUAAGCUGGCCAGUAUGCCAGCAGGUGGCGCCGUAGCUGUUGCCAGCUCUGCAGCUGCUGGCUCAGGCGGAGCUGCGGCUCCUGCUGCAGCUGCUGAGGAGAAGAAGGAAGAGAAGAAAGAAGAGUCUGAAGAGUCUGACGACGACAUGGGAUUCGGCCUUUUUGACUAAACUUUUUCAGAUGCUGAAUAAAGUUUGUAAAAAAAAAAAA